GUUGUAGCAUAUUUUAGUUUUCAAAAACUACAUAUUCAUAUUUAAAAUAAUUUUUUUCAAUAUUUUAUUUAUUAUUAUGCUAAAGAAUUUGAAUUAGAUAAACGUAUUCGUAACUUCAAUAUGAAACACUUAAAUGUGUUUCCAAUACUCGUUUUCAAUGUUCUUUCAUUAAUUCAACAAACAUUGGCAUACGAGUAUUCCUAUUUUCCACCGAUGGAUUCCAAUACUAUCCAAAUCGGUUUAAUAUCCGACCAGAGUGCACCAGAAAUGGCUACAAUUUUUGAAAGUGCUAUUAAAACGGCAAAUGUCGAUUUAGAAAUACCUCUUCGGGCCCUUACAUCUGAAAUUGUAUAUGGUAAUUCAUUUGAAGCUUACACAACUCUAUGCGGCAUGUUGGCGAGAGGAAUCGGUGGAGUUUUUGGACCUUCAGCAAAGAAUUCCGCUUUGCAUUUGCUUAAUACUUGUGAUCGUAAAGAGAUUCCAUAUAUUUACUCUUUUAUGAAUACUGGCCCUGAAAAACCCAUGAUUAACUUGCAUCCUCAAGCUGCAGAUAUUGCCAAAGUUAUACACGAUAUUAUAGAUGCGUACACUUGGACAAGCUUUACGUUCCUCUACGAAUCUGGGGAAUAUCUCCCAAUACUAAAUGAGCUAAUGGAAUUGUAUAAGCUCGGAGGUCCUUUUAUAACAGUUCGACGGUAUGAUUUGCAAUUAAAUGGGAAUUAUCGAGCUGUAUUACGAAGAGUGCGAAAAUCAGAUGAUAGUAAUGUUGUCAUUGUAGGGUCAACCCAAUCGCUUCCAGAAGUUCUGAGACAGGCAAAACAAGUUGGCAUUAUCACAGAGGAUUAUAACUACAUUAUUGGAAACUUGGAUCUGCAGACUAUCGAUCUGGAGGAAUUCAGACAUAGCGAAGCAAACAUAACAAGCUUUCGUAUGUUUUCUCCAGAUCAGCCGGAAAUUAGAUUACUUAUUCAAGAAUUAGGAUAUCCAGAAGAUGACAAUGACAGAAAUAUUACCUGUCCCAUAACAAUGGAAAUGGCUUUACUUUACGACGCUGUCCAACUUUAUGCUGAGGCAUCAAAAUCAGUUCAAUUCCGAACAGUUCCUUUAAAUUGCACAGACUCAAGUGUCUGGGAUAAAGGUGCAACAUAUGAAAACUACUUGGCUAUGAGUGCCAGAGAAGGACUUACGGGAAAUAUAUUUAUAGAAGGCGGCAUCCGAACUGACUUUAGUUUUGAAAUAGUAGAGCUUACAUCUUCGGGUAUUGGUAAAGUUGGAACUUGGCACACAGAAAAUGGACUAACUACAAGCCGUACUGCAUCGUCCAAUAUCGUUGUUACUACCGGUGAAUUGUCGUUGGUUAACAAAACUUUCACUGUUCUAUUAGCACUGAAUGCACCUCAUGCCAUGUUGAAACAGUCAACAGUUAAACUUUCCGGAAAUAGUAGAUAUGAAGGAUUUGGAGUUGAUCUAAUCAAGGAAUUAGCAGAGAAGCUCGGAUUUAAUUUUACAUUCAAUAUACACGUGGAUGAUAACUAUGGAUUUUAUGAUACCGUAACCAAUGUUUCAACUGGGAUGGUGCAUGAAAUUAUGGAAGGGAGAGCUGAUCUUGGAGUAACUGAUCUAACUAUUACAUCUGAACGCGAGACUGGAGUUGACUUCACGAUUCCAUUCAUGAAUUUAGGAAUUUCUAUAUUAUUUCAAAAACCACGCAAGGAUCCACCAAAACUUUUUUCUUUCAUGGACCCAUUUUCCAAGGAGGUUUGGAUUUAUUUGGGUCUUGCAUAUUUUGGUGUAUCGCUUAGUUUAUUUAUUCUCGGGCGAUUGGCUCCACCUGAGUGGGAUAAUCCUUUUCCAUGUAUUGAAGAUCCAACGGAAUUGGAUAAUCAAUUAAGUUUAGGAAAUUCCUUAUGGUUUUCUACAGGGUCCCUACUGCAACAAGGUUCUGAAAUCGCACCGAAAGCUUUAUCAACAAGAGUGUUAGCGUCAUUUUUUUGGCUCUUUACAACUAUUGUUGUUGCUAUGUACACAGCUAAUUUAGCAGCUUGUCUAACUGUUGAAACACCUACUAGUUUGAUUGAUAGUGUCAAGGACCUUGCAGAUAGAAAAGGUGGUGUAAAAUAUGGGGCUAAAAGCAAGGGAAGCACAAGAAACUUUUUUAAGAACUCUGAAGAUCCUAUUUACAUUAAAAUGAAUGAGUAUAUGAAUGCCCAUCCGGAAGAAUUGACUACGACCAACGAUGAAGGUGUAAAUAAAGUUCUCAGUGGUCACUACGCCUAUUUAAUGGAGUCUACGUCAAUUGAGUACAAUGUAGCAAGGAUAUGUAAUUUGACACAAAUUGGCAAAUUAUUAGACGAAAAGAGUUAUGGCAUUGCAAUGAGGAAAAAUUGGCCAUAUCGUGAUAAGAUUAACGACGCCCUUCUUGAGCUUCAAGAAUCGGGAUCUUUAUCCAGAAUGAAAAAUAAAUGGUGGAACGAAGUCGGAACUGGUGGUUGCACGACCAAACAAGAACAAUCGGAAGCCAAUAAGCUGGGAAUGCCUAAUUUGGGUGGUGUAUACUUUGUGCUUUUAGUUGGGAGUUUAGUAGCUGUUGCGUGUGGAAUAUUGGAUUGGUUGUUUUUCGUCUUCAGGAAGGCAAGGCAUUAUCAGGUUCCCUUCAGCGAAGCACUUGUAGAAGAAUUCAAGAUAGUAGUCGAUUUUUCAAGUGAUACUAAAGUCGUUCAUAGUACUGGUUCAAUAUACUCAAGGAACUCUUCUUCAACAAUAGAGGCAAAUGAUUCUGAAGAAAGCAGUGACAACUAAGCCUGAUUAAAUAUUAUUUACCAAAGAUUGUAAACGUUUUUAUGUAUUGUAUUUAAUGAAAUCAAAUAUUACUAAGAAAAAUAAAUGUUAC